CAUUUCCUAAGAAUGGCUAAGAUAGGAGGUAAUGUCCCGAGACCUCUGAAUCCCCUCCGGCCAACUCCAAAGCCCAUACCCCAACUUGGCCUAUAAAAGACAACCAACGACCCUCCUUUCCCACCUACAAGCCGAACCCACAUCGCACUACUCUCUCUCUCUCUCAAAUGGAGCUCCCAGCUCUCAACCUUUCUUUGCAAUAUCUCUACCCCACUCAUCUCCUUUUCCCCUACCACCUCAUCCCGGAAAACUAUGUUCACUGGACUGAGAUCCCGGAGUCUCACAUUUUCUCAGCCGACCUCCCUGGCGUGAGGAAAGAAGAAAUAAAAGUGGAAGUUGAGGACUCAAGGUACCUUAUAAUCCGAACUGAGGCAGUAGAUGAAUCCUCAGAGCCUGCUAAGAGCUUCAUGAGGAAGUUCCGGCUUCCGGGCAUGAUCGAUUUCGAUGGAAUCUCUGCUGGGUAUGAAGAUGGGGUCCUAACAAUUACAGUGCCUAGAUUUCGAAGGAAUGGCUUCUAUAUCGACCCGGCAGACAAGCCAGAGCAGCUAGAAGUUGUUGCACGAGCUGCUUGAAUUGAAACACAUGGGGUUUGCUUAGGUUCUAAAUAGUUUAGGUUAUUGGAGCGUUUCCAAUCAUUGGUGGUGUGUGCUAGAUUUGGAGUUCCUUGCACAAGAUUGUUUUACAAUA